AUGUCCUCCACCGUGAACAACGGGGCUACCGGCAUGCCAGCUCCGCCGGAUGCUGCCAAUGGCUUCCCGCAGCCCGGCGCCUCGUCCGGGUCCUGGCCGCGCGCGGAGGAGGAGCUGCGCGCCUCGGAGCCCGGCUUGGUGAAGCGCGCGCACCGAGAGAUCCUGGACCACGAACGCAAGCGGCGCGUGGAGCUCAAGUGCAUGGAGUUGCAGGAGAUGAUGGAGGAGCAGGGGUACUCAGAGGAGGAGAUCCGGCAGAAGGUCGGGACCUUCCGGCAGAUGCUGAUGGAGAAGGAAGGCGUACUGACCAGGGAGGACCGGCCUGGGGCCCACAUCAUGGCAGAGACCCCGCGACGGAUGGAGGGCUUGGAGCCAGGCCUGGAGUACCCACCUUUCGAUGAGGACGACGGCCCGGUGGAUUGCGACUGCCCGGUCGCCUGCUACCGCGGGCACCGGGGGUACAGGACCAAGCACUGGUCCAGCAGCUCCGCAUCGCCCCCUCCCAAGAAGAAGAAGAAAAAGAAAGGCAGUCAUCGGAGGAGCCGCAAAAAGAGGAGGCUAGAGUCAGAAUGCAGCUGUGGGAGCGCUUCCCCCCUGCGCAAGAAGAAGAAGAGUGUGAAGAAACACCGCCGAGAUCGGUCUGAUUCUGGGUCCCGGAGGAAGAGACGAUACAGAUCGAGAAGCCUCAAGAGCAAACGAAAAGAAAAAAACAAAGAGCGAAAGAGGCCUCACACUGAGUCUCCAGGCCGAAGGUCGCACCACCAUAGCAGCGUCAGCUCCCACAGCCCCUCGCUGUCCUCACACUACAGUGAUUCGGGAUCUCCCAGCAGGCUGAGCGCCAAGCAUCGAGAUGACGGGCGGAAGACAGGCAGCCAGCGAUCCAGCGGGAGCCGGUCGCCGUCCCCAUCGGGCGGUAGCGGAUGGGGGUCGCCCCAGCAGAACGGAGGCAGCAGGCAGCGAAGCGGAGCGCACGGGGGUCGCCCCGGCUCGGCGCACAGCCCGCCCGAUAAGCCCAGCUCGCCCCGGGCCUGUGACAAGGCGGCCGCCGCGCCCACGCCGCCCGCGCGUGGGAAGGACAGCCAGAGUCCCCGCUCCGCGCCGUCCUCGCAGGGCCGCGGGGGUCGAGCGGCGGGAGGGACAGCCAGGCGCCGGCGCCGGCGGCGGCGGAGGAGGCGAUCGCGGUCCUCGGCCAACGCGCCCCGCCGCAGGGGGCGCCGGCGUGCCAAGCCCGCGCCGCCCAGGGGCUCGUCGCGCUCGCUCAGCGGGGCGCACUCCAGCAGCGACUCCGGCGGCGGCGCCCCGGGCCCCGGGCCAGAGCCGGGCUCCGAUCGAGGUCACAGCGGACACGGGAAACGGGCAAAGGAGCGACCCCCGCGCGCGCGGCCAGCAAGCACCUCGCCUUCCCCCGGCGUCCACGGCCGACGGGGCGGCCCAGAGGGCAACAGCUCAUCGCGCAGUCCGGGUCCCCAUCCGGGGUCCUGGAGCUCCAGCCGCUCGCCCUCCAAAUCCCGCUCUCGCUCCCCAGACAAAAGGACCCGCAGCCCCAGCCUCUCACCGUCGCCCAAGAAACCUCUUGGCCGGGACAAGGACAGCGAAGGCCGAGCGAGGCAUGCCGAGGCUGAGGCCGCCCGCGCCCGGCGUCGCUCCCGCAGCUACUCUCCCAUCCGAAAGCGGCGCCGGGACUCGCCCAGUUUCAUGGAGCCAAGACGCAUCACCAGGAACCUCCUGCUGCGUGGCCUGUGGCCAGCCUGGGGGCCGUGUGGACCGGGCUCCACAGGCAACCCAAGUGAUACUCAUUGCCCGGAAGCGUCCCAUCCCCUACUACCGGCCCAGCCCCUCCUCUUCCUCGAGUUGCUUGAGCACGGACUACUCGAGCCGAAGCCACAGCAGGAGCCCAAGCCCUGGCCACAGCCAUGGAAGCUACAGCAGCCGCAGUCACGGGACUCGCAGCCGCUCCUGCAGCGCCUCCAGGAGCCGCAGUCCCAGCUACCACAGCCGGAGCAGCUCUGAGAGUGGGGGCUUCUAAGCCCAGACGGACCCAUCUAGGGUUGGAAGGCCCUGGAACGAGGAGAGGCUGGGGCCCUGAGACCUGGGAAAGAGGGGUCUGUACGCGCCCCCCCCCAUACUGCUACAGGGGUCCCGGGGUGGGGGUGGGGCAGCACGCGGGCAAGUGGGACUAGGGAGGAGCUUCUUCUAGGGUGGGUGACCCACCCACGAGGAGGAAUCAAAUUGUCCGGCCCCUGAAGUGUGCCCAUCCCCACGCCCUGCCCACCCACCACGCCCAGGGAACAAAGAGCCUUUGCGAACACAGGGAUCAGAUCGUCACACCCCUCUUCUGCUUGAGGCCAGCUUACCAGCCUGGGGGGGGGCCCAUUGCCUGUGUAAGGCACAAGAGUCCACCGUUGGCUGUCACCUCACCUGAGCUCAGUGGACCCCUGCACAGCUUGGAAGGUGCCAAGCGUGGGACCUUCCCCUCCCUCUUUCUCUGUUUCCCACGGGGUGGAUCUGAAAAUGACAAAUCAAGCAAGACCUAAAAGAGAAGGAAGGACCACCUAACUCCUGGCGCACUGCCAGGCAGGAGAAGUUCACACUUGGCCCCCGUCUCCUCUCUCCCUUGGCCCUCACAUCAAGGCCACACCCUCCAGACCUCCAUCAGCACAAGAGGUGGCACAUGCCACAUCUGUAUCUAACCCUGAAGUCAGAGGGAGGAGUUCAGGGUCUGAGGACCUAGCUCAGGUGGUAGAGCACUCGCCUAGCAUGCAUGAAGUCCUGGGUUCCAUCCCAACAAAGCAUAAAACCGAGCAUGCUAGCGCAUGCCUGUAAUCCCAGCACUCUGGAGGUAGAGGCAGGAGGACCGGAAGUUCAAGGUCAUCUUAGGCUACAUAGUGAGUUCGAAUCCAACCUGGGGGUGCAAGCGAACCUGUCUCAAAAGUGAGAGACUGGGAAUUCAGGUCAGAAGACAAGAAAGAACACGGGUAGAAAAGCAGCGGCAUUUCUCUUUAGGAUGAGCCCAAGCGAUGCAGUCAGAUGAUCAAACAGGUCAAGGGCUCCUGGGAGACAGGUCCAGGCUGCUGUCUGGGUUAUGGGCCAAAUGAUAGCUCACGGUCACAAGCUCACUAACACGCGGUGCACUUCGGGGCCUGCCCAAGGAUGGCCUCCUUACCAGGCUUUGAUGGGGCAGGUUUGGUCAAGGCUUUCAGAACUGGGGUGGUAGGUUCCAGCCAAAGCCCUCAGCUGGAACGCGAUGGGGAUGAGGUGGUUCCCCCCCUCCAGCCUCUUCUGCGGCACCCAGCCCCGCCCACCCCCUGCUGGGGCCCUCAGGGAUCUCGAAGUCUUCCUUGGCCCAAUAGGGCAGAUGCCCUGGGCUCUGGUGGGGGGAGGAGUCUGGGGUCUGAUCCGGGUUCCCACCUUCUCUGUUUCCCCUUCCCUCUUUCUCCGCAGUGCGGGAAAACAUUUGGACUGUAAUAAAUACACUAGGUG